AAUCAGAAGGGGAGUCUGCCGGCGGAGUGUUUACUAUAGGAAGCCACAUGGUCGUGAUCGGAGGCAGUGGUGUCACUGGUGUGUGCCUUAACAUGUGUGGCUAAUAAGGUGUUAGAGUUGAAGUCGUGAAUUGCUACACUCGGGUUGUGUCAGAGAGCAGAGCGGCAGGGCGAGGGCGUCGCAGUAAGAUGCAGCUUUUUAUUGUGUUUGAACAUGCCUCUGGCUAUGGGCUGUUCAGCGUACGGGAGUUUGAGGAAGUGGGAGCUUUCCUGCCACAAGUAGAGGAAGCAGUGACACAAGCUGCAAAAUUCCAGCAGGUUGUGAAACUGGUGGGCUACCGUGCCUUCACCUCAGCAGCCCAGGCACUGGAGAACAUUAAUGCUGUGUCUGAAGGACUGCUGACGGAGGAGCUGAAGGCUUUCCUGGAGACCAACCUCCCCAAGAAGAAGAGCAAAGUGCAGCUGGGUGUGUGCGACUCCAAACUGGGAGCUGCCAUCAAUGAAGCACUAGCUGUGGGUGUCACUCAUGUUGGUGUGGUGCCUGAGAUUAUUCGAGGCAUUCGCACACACCUCUCCCAUUUUGUGAAGGGGCUCAGCCUUGCCUCCAUGAAGCAGACAGAGCUUGGCCUAGGUCACUCCUACUCCCGUGGCAAGGUCAAGUUUAACAUCAACCGUGCUGACAACAUGAUCAUCCAGAGCAUUUCUCUCAUUGACCAGCUGGACAAAGACAUCAACACCUUUGCUAUGAGGAUUAAGGAAUGGUACUCUUACCACUUUCCAGAGCUAGCCAAGGUGGUGACAGACAACUACCAGUAUAGCAAGUGUGCACAAUUCAUCAAGGAUCGCAAAACUUUGAGUGAGGAGUCUUUGCCCAAGCUUGAGGAGAUCACCAUGGACUCGGCCAUGGCACAGGCCAUCCUGGAUGCAGCAAGGAUGUCCAUGGGAAUGGACAUAUCUACCAUUGAUCUCAUGAACAUAGAGAGGUUUGCCAAGCGCGUCUCCAGUCUCUCUGAGUACCGCAAACAGCUGGCACAGUAUCUAAAGAAAAAGAUGGACUUUGUGGCCCCCAACCUGGCUGUCCUGAUCGGGGAGGUGGUUGGGGCUCGUCUCAUCUCUCAUGCCGGUUCUCUUACUAACUUGGCCAAGUACCCAGCUUCCACUGUGCAGAUCCUUGGGGCAGAAAAGGCCCUUUUCCGUGCCAUUAAGACACGCUCCAACACCCCAAAAUAUGGCCUUAUCUACCAUUCCACAUUUAUUGGGCGAGCUGAUGUGUCCAAUAAAGGCCGUAUCUCCAGGUACCUGGCCAACAAAUGUUCCAUGGCUUCCCGCAUUGAUUGUUUCUCAGAGAGUCUGUCUUCGGUGUUUGGGGAGCGCCUUCGGGAGCAGGUAGAGGAGAGACUCAAGUUCUACGAGACUGGGGAUGUUCCCCGCAAGAACGCCGAGGUCAUGAAAGCAGCCCUGGAGGAACACAAUGCAAAGAUGAAGGAAGAAACGAAAACCAAGAAGAGGAAACUGGAUGAAUUAAUCAAUGAUGGUGAAGAAAUGACUGAGGUACCCAAGAAGAAGAAGAAGAAAAAGAAAGCUGCUGCUGAGAUGGCAACAACAGUAGUAGCUGAGACAGAGGUUAAUGAAGAACCUACUCAGAAUCUGGAGGAUUCAGUAAAGAAGAAGAAGAAGAAGAAGAAGCUCCAGCAACAGCUGGAUUCAGAGAACUUGAUUGGAGGGAAAAUGGAGGUGGCAGCAGAAGUGACAGCAGAGGUGGCUGCAGAGUCUCCCCAAAAAAAGAAGAAAAAGAAGCAACAACAACAGGAGGGGGAUGCAGAGGAAGUUAUCAAUGGUGGAGUGGCAGAGGUUGUUGUACUUGAGGAGAUCCCAAAAAUAAAGAAAAAGAAGAAGAAGCAUGCAUAGGAAGCAUUUAGGAAGAAAUUAAUCCAGAAGCAGAAGUAUUGGUUGUAAUGUGAUCAAGAAAUACACCAGUGUUGGAUUCACCAUCUAAUUCAACCUAGGAGAACAUAUGAGGCAUCUUGUAGACAAAGGAUGGAUGUGCCAACCCCAUCAGAAGCACUGAGAAGCUCAGUAUGAAGAGUGUUUUGUGAUUCUGACCCAUGUGUGGGUCUAGGUUCAAUCUCCCCAGUCUUUCACACAUGGAGCGGUGGAGGACUUUUGGGAUUUCAGAGCAUGAGGGGCAAAUGUCAUUGUAUAGCCCUACCAAUGGUUGUGCAGCUACCACUGUCUGAGUUAAAGGGCUGCUUCUCAGCCAAUCAGAUGCAUGCUAGCACUCCCACUAGUUAUCCUGCCAAACACAUGAGUGAAGCCUGGCUUUGUUUAGUGUUUACAUUCCACAUAUUUUGUGGAUUACGAGUUAAAAUUACUCUGUACCAUGGCGAGUAAUACCAACCAGGAUAAUGCCAAUACACUGCCACUCGUGCCUUCAUGCAAGAGGAGGCCGGAGACUUGGCUAAGGUACCACAAGAAGGCCAAAAGAGACAGUAAGAAUGGCUAUGUCAACAGGUAUGGGGCUGUUGUAGAGAAGGUAGGCCCAGCUUGUACCUGUAAGAACAAGUGUUAUGAAAAAGUGGGGUGGAGAAUAUUAACAAUUUAUUCAAGGCAUAUUGGGCAUUGAAAAGCUGUGACUUAGUCACAGUAUAUUACUGCCACAAAGGAAAUUGCAAGGCCUAGAGUGAAGGGGGGAGGGAAAUUAUUUAAAUUUUUGGAUGAAAUUUUCACAGUAUUUUGGAUUCAUUGACAUCUAAUACAGAAAUAAAUUUCAAGUAGAUUGAACAAGAAUUACUGCAUGCUGAAAAAAAAACAUUGCAUUUUUUUUCUCUCCCUCCUGAUGUAUAAAUCUGUCUUCCAGAUAUAUAUAUAUAUAUAUAUAUAUAUAUAUAUAUAUAUAUAUAUAUAUAUAUAUAUAUAUAUAUAUAUAUAUAUAACAUGCUAUUUUGUAAUAUUCCAUGUCUGCCAUCUUUACAGACUUAAACAUUCAUAACUCAAAAAUUAAAAAUUUAUGCAUUUGCCCAGUGUUGAUAAGAUGCCUCAUGUGUCAGCUGCAGGGUUGGCAUUAAAAAAAAAAAAAAAAACUAUUUGCCCAGUGUCGACAAGAUGCCUCAUGUGUCAGCUGUAGGGUUGGCAUUAAAAAAAAAAAGUGUUUUUUUUGGGAGGGAGAUUUAAAAAAUAUUAUACUUAUCAAAAUUUAGUUUUAUGUAUUGAUAAAUAAGGUCUAUAUAUGUACAUAUACAUAUACAUAAAAAAAAAAAAUGUAAAAAUAGUCAAGCCUGACCCAUUCAUUUUCUGUAUAAUAUAAGUUAACAAAGGCUUUGUCCAGCUGGACCAGCCCAUAUCAACAUGACCUAAACAAGUGUUUGUCCUCUAAGUAACACUUGAAAUGUUUUGCUUCAUACUAGAUUACUUUUUGAUUACUUAUGUAAGCUGAUUUUUAUAAAAGGAUAAAUAAAAAAACAAAAAUCAAUAA